UCGGCAGGGAGUGAAAUACAGAGACUAGCACCUGAGAUCUUCAAAUCGGGGUGGGAAGGCCGUCUGCAGUAGCACAGAAAUAGUUUUUUUUCUGUUUCUGUCUAUAACUUUACAGCAAACAUGUCCUUCCUCACAAAAUUCUUCAAAGGUAUUCUCCAUAAAACAGACCCAGUCGACGACACCGUAAAAGUGAAGGAUAAUCCUAAACCAAAGUACUAUGGAACAGUCACUCCGUAUUCGAACUUCAACGCCACCCAAGAUGCCGCCACCCUUCAGAGCGCCAUUAAGAGUAAAGGUGUGGACGAGGACGUGAUCAUUGCAAUCCUGGUCAAGAGAAGCAACGAGCAAAGACAGAAGAUCAAAGUAGUGUAUGAAGCGUCCACUGGGAAGAAGCUGGACAUAGAUCUGAAGUCUGUUCUCAGGUCACAUUUUGAGGACGUAUGUGUGGCCCUGCUCAUGGACCCGACUCACUACGACGCCCACCUGCUCAGGACGGCCACAAAGGGUUUGGGCACCAAUGAAGACGUUCUAGUGGAGAUUCUGGCAACAAGAUCCAACCAAGAGAUUCGAGAGAUUAAAAGGGUCUUCAACGAAGUGUACAAAACAGAGCUGGAGAAAGUCAUUCAGGAUGAGACCAGAGGGGACUUCACCUCGGCCCUUCUGGCCAUGUUGAAAGCAAACAAAGACGAGAGCAAGGAAGUCGACGCGAAUCUGGCCCAAAAGGACGCUCAGAUUCUGUUCGAGGCAGGCGAGAACACCAAAGGAACCAAUGUUUCUGCCUUCAUCGACAUCCUGACCAAGCGGAGCGGGCCGCAGCUCUCAAAGACAUUCCAGCAGUACGCCAGCGUCAGUGACGUCAAAUUGCCCAAAGCCCUGGAAAUGGAGCUAAAGGGAGACAUUGAGAAAUGUCUCAUUGACAUCGUGAAAUGUUCCUGGAACACACCCGCUUUCUUUGCAGAGAAGCUCCACCUGUCCAUGAAGGGCCUCGGCACAUGCGAUCACACACUGAUCAGGGUGCUGGUUAGCCGCUCCGAGGUCGACCUGAAGAAGAUUGUGGAGGAAUACAAGGCCAUGUAUGGUGUCUGCUUACAGGAGGAUAUACUGAAAGACACUAAAGGACAUCAUCAGGCUAUUCUGCUUGGACUGUGUGGAGCUCCCUGACACUCUGUUUAAAACCACCUGUCUUGAAUUUGAGGCCAACCUGUGCAAUGGAUGCAACUAAAAUGUCACAUUAAAAAUCACUUUCAUAAAUGUGACUAAUGUAAUUGAUUAAGUUGAGGUAUUCUAACCAACAAUAAAAACA